GAGAGAAAGUGACAAUCAAGUGUAAGUGAUGAUGAUUAUUUAAGAAAGUAGAACUGAUAUAAAGGCAUCUUUAAGCUUCCAUAAGUAACUCAUUUUUCAUUUUACCUUUUUUAUCAUAACAAUUCAUUCAUUUUAAUUCAUUGAUUUGGUGAUUUUCUUAUUUUCAGUGAUUGUGAUCAAUCAACUUGUUAAUUGUUCAUCUUUCUCUGUCUACUCGAUUAAAUUACAACAAGAAACCUCUUUUACAACUUUUCUAACAAUUUAUAUAACUUUUAACUCUGUUUAACUUUCACCUACCUGUUGAUUUAAUCAAACAAUUUAAGGAUGUACAUAUUAAAAGUUGUCGCAGUUUUCUGUUUAAUUUUGGUUGUUCGUUGUGAACCUGGGCGACCUUUAAUCCCAGUUAACGGAACCGCCGGUGGCUCAGCAACUGCCGCUGAACCAUUGGAAGUGGGUGUUGGUGGUCAACCUUUGACCGGCGAUUCUGAGGGUAAUGGUACAAUGGAAUUUGAUUUCGUUAACUUACCUGGUUAUGGUGUUGUCGACGAUGCCAAUAGUACAUUGAACGGAACCUUCUCAUGCUUCGAGCGUCGGUAUGGUUAUUAUGCUGAUGUUUCACGUUCUUGUCAAAUGUUUCAUCUUUGUUAUCCGGUUCGUGAGCCUUCAGGCAAUUCAAUUGUUUACCAAAGAUUUUCUUUCGUCUGUUCGGACAAUGCUUUCUUUGACCAAGCCCAUUUAGUUUGUGUUGAAAACGAAACCUCAAUCGCCUGUGAGGAUUCAGAGCAUUAUUAUGAACCUUCAAAUGAUCGUCUAAUGGAAUCACUUCAGGCCACUCAACCAGGUAUGUUUGCAACCGAAGAUGAAUCCAUCAAUGGAACCUCAUCUUUACCUUCAUCUUCAGAUUCAUCAUCUUCUUCAUCACCAUCAGCACCUUCAUCAUUAACACCAUCAGAAUCCUCUCCAUCUGAACAAGCUUAUCAUGUUUACAAUUUAUACAACGAUUGGUACUAAUCAUUAAUCAUCAUCAUCACCAUCAAAUUUAAUCAAUAUAAAAAGAAAUCUAAGUUACUUUAAGAAGAAGAAAAAAUCGAUAUAAAAAGAUUUUCUUCAGGGUGACAAUCAUCAUUCAUUCAUCACAUAAUAAACAUAAUCCUCGUUUGUCAAUUGAGGUGCUUUCACGAUCUUUAUUAUAUCAGGAUAUAUAAAGAAAGUAAUAAUAACAAAAACGAUUCGGCACCGAACUAACCUAAUUCACUGUUCCUAUAAAAGCAUCUUGGCCCGACUUUUAUUUACUUUCUUUUCGUCAUCAUCAUCAUCUAUUUUUUCAUUUCUCUCUCUCUCUCUUGCUGAUCUCUUGGGCACUUCGUUAUUGCUGCAGUGAUUUGAACCUGAUUUAGGUCCAGACUCCAUCCCUAUCCCCUCACUCUCACUCACUCACUCCCUUAAUGGUUCUACUUUAGUGGCCUGCAUACCCUAAUUUUAAAUGGACUCAAAAUAUCGUCGUAAAUCCCGAACUAUUUUACUUACAAUUUGAUCAUUAACUUCAUUUACUCAAUCAAAUUGGUUAAUUUGGACCAAUCCUUCCUGUAAUCACCUUAAUAUACUUUCUCCUUCCUCUCAUCUUCACUCACUCUUUUUGUUUUCCACCAUCAUAAUCAUAAUCAUCAUCAUUAUCAUUAUCAUUAUCCUGAUCAUCAACCUUUCUCUCCUAAAACAACAAACAAACAACUGCAAGUCUGUCAAAAACUGAAACGCUCAACUGAUUAUAUCGCAAACACUUUUAAUAGUCAAACGAAAGUGUAACAAUUUAGAUUAUAUUGUUAACUGAAAUACCAAGUAAACCAAGUAGCAAGUAUCAAAUAGUCACCCUACUAGGCCACUUUCCCUUUCCCGACCUGAACACUCAAUCGCUUAAAUAUAUUUAACGUCAAAAUCUUUAAAAACUAAUUCCAUCAUAAAUAUACAACUAUUAUUAUCAUAUUAUUAUUAUAUAUCAUUAACCGAUUAAUAUUAUUAUCAUAUGAUGAAUGAUUGUUAUUAUAUUGUUAUGAUAAUUAUUAUUAUCUCUCUAUGCAAAUGCACCUUAUAUUUUUCAGCCAUAAAACUUAACCAUUAAUGUGCAUUACA